AUGAGCAAGUACCGGGAAGCCGCAGCGUACCUGCGGUCCCUGGGAAUCAACAACGCGAGUGAGGUUGCUCGCAUCUGCGACGUGGCCAUGAAUCCAAACUCAAUGUUCGUGACGUUCCGGGACCGGAAGCGCAACCAGAAUAAGUCGUCGCGGUUGUUGGACGUCGACCAGGACAUCCGUCCCGUGGUCGAGUACCUCCGCACCCUUGGACUCGACGAGGAGGAGGUCUGCUCGGUGAUUCUGGAGCACCCGCCGGUCCUGUGUUACAGCGUCGAGGAGCGUCUCAAACCGCUUGUCGACUUCCUGGCAGGAAUCGACAUCGAAGACCCCGGCAGGGUCCUGGUGGCGCGACCUUCACUCAUGGGCCUCGACGUCGACGCGAGCCUGCGUAGGAUCGUCGGGUACCUCGAGGCAAACGACUACACCCCGCAGGACAUCGCCGAGUACUUGUCAAAGAGCAUCUAG